UUGAUGACAGCCGCCACCCCCCUCUUCUCUAGUCAACCCUUAAGCAGAAGGGACAAUGUGAAGAAACUUAUUUCAGAAAUAUAUGAGCAGAUAUAGGUUUAUUUUGGCAUAUUUCAAUCCUGGACUGUAAGGGUGAAGUAACAGUUGACCUCGAGCAAAGACACUGACCAGAACAGUCAUGGCACAGUAUGACCAGUUAGAGGAUAAGGAUUCUUUGGACUUUCAUGAUAACCCACCUGCACCUGAUAAUGUGGUGAAAGAAGAUGAUAACACGGUUUAUUUUCUAUAUGAUGAAGAGGUGGAGGAAGAGGAACCUCCUCCACCCCCUCCCCCAGAACCUGUUGUUAAGGUUAAUGAUCACCCACACAAAUUUAAAGACCACUACUGCAAGAAGCCCAAGUUCUGUGAUGUUUGUGCCCGAAUGAUUGUUUUGAACAACAAGUUUUGCAUUCGGUGCAAAAACUGCAAGACCAGUAUUCAUCAUCAAUGUCAGUCCUACGUGGAGUUCCAAAGAUGCUUUGGAAAAAUUCCUCCUGGAUUUAGAAGAGCUUACAGCUCACCACUAUAUGACCAGGAGAUAAAUAACCCAGGCCAGUCACACCGUUCUGAUCCUGUGUUUGACACCUUGCGUGUGGGCGUUAUUAUGGCCAACAAAGAGCGCAAAAAGAAUUCCGAGGACAAAAAAAAUAUGAUGAUGAUAAUGGAAGAGGAAGAUGCACAACAACCAAAGGAAGAGGAGGAGGGUGAGGAAACAAAGCAAGAUGGAGACAAGAAAGGAGACAAGACAGCAGCAGAUGACAAGAAUAAGAAGAACCUUGGCACCUUCUCUCAAUCGCAUUACUACAUGGCCCUGUAUCGCUUCAAAGCCAUUGAAAAAGAUGACCUGGACUUCCAUCCCGGGGAUCGAAUAACAGUCUUAGAUGAUUCAAAUGAAGAAUGGUGGAGGGGAAAGAUUGGGGAGAAGACUGGCUAUCUGCCAAUGACAUAUAUCAUAAGAGUCCGUGCAGGAGAAAGAGUAUACAGAGUGACACGCUCAUUUGUAGGGAACAGAGAAAUGGGCCAGAUCACACUAAAAAAGGACCAGAUUGUCGUAAAAAAAGGAGAAGAAGUUAAUGGCUAUUUGAAAGUCAGCACUGGACGAAAACUAGGCUUUUUUCCAGCAAACCUGCUCCUGGAGUUAUGAAUUAUGGAAACAUGACAAAAAAGUAUCCCUAUGCAUGUUAUUGAUUUAAUGAUUUAAUCUUGAGGAAUAGAGUAAUUAUGUUCUGCUGUACACUCAAGUAGGAUAUGUGUUUCCUAGACAAAUAGUGUGUGUUCAUAGAUGUUUUGUUUUUAAAUAUUUCAAUAAUAGAAGAGUAUUAAUGGCAUUCUUUCACAUUAGGAGUAAAUUGACAUUGGGUAAUGUUAUGGUGGUAUUUGCACUUUUCCUUUCACGGCAAGCAUUGUCAUGAAACAAGAGAUUACAACACUGUUGGCAAUUUCUAUUUUUUUGGAUUGCUGUAAGUAAAGUUAUUUUGGAGUUGGGGAUAUGUAAGUCAGUGUUAAGUAAACACUUGUCAGUUUUGUGGUAUAUAAUGGAGGGAAUGAACAUCAUGAUGUACAAGAUCAAAAAUGAUUUUUAAUGAUUGAACUCUACAAAUUCUAUUGCUAUAAAUGUAAUUUCUAUUUGAAAUAAACUAUGUUUUAAAUGCAUGACAAUAAA